GCGCUCAGACCAUGAAGGCGUGCGCUCCAUCGAGGACCAUGAUAUGAUAACAGACCUUUAUUUUACGCACGUUUACGCAAACGAAUUAACUGCCACACGUGUUUUUUUUUUCAAUGGAAUCAAAUCCUAUGAUUUAUGCCGAGGAUUGUUGAAGUGAAGAUAAAAUGAAAAUAAAUGGCAGCCGCUUGAUGAACAGUUCUUCACUGAGCCCUCACGAGAUCACUCUGAAUCGCCCACCCUGGGUCGCCACAACUUUGGGCAGCUUUCUGAUCUUCACUAUCGUGGUUGAUAUAUUGGGGAACCUCUUAGUGAUCUUCUCUGUGUACAGAAACAAGAAACUUCGUAACGCAGGGAACAUAUUUGUGGUGAGCCUGGCAGUAGCUGACCUGGUAGUAGCUGUCUAUCCUUAUCCUCUCGUGUUGGUCUCCAUUGUCCAUAAUGGAUGGAAUUUGGGAUUCGUCCACUGCCAGAUCAGUGGAUUCCUGAUGGGACUGAGCGUGAUUGGAUCUAUAUUUAACAUCACCGGUAUUGCAAUCAAUCGCUACUGCUAUAUCUGUCACAGCCUCAAGUAUGACAAGCUAUACAGUGACAAGAAUUCGCUUUGCUACGUCCUUCUCAUCUGGAUACUGACCGUGGUCGCUAUAGUGCCAAACUUUUUCGUUGGCUCCCUGCAGUAUGACCCAAGGGUCUACUCGUGUACGUUUGCGCAGUCUGCAAGCUCGGCGUACACCAUCGCCGUUGUCUUCUUCCACUUCAUUCUUCCAAUCAUGAUUGUGACGUACUGCUACCUGCGGAUCUGGAUCUUGGUGAUCCAGGUGAGGAGACGCGUCAAACCUGAGUUCCGGCCCAAACUCACGCCGCACGACAUAAGGAACUUCGUCACCAUGUUUGUGGUGUUCGUUCUUUUUGCCGUCUGCUGGGCCCCUCUUAAUUUCAUCGGCCUGGCGGUCGCUAUAGACCCCGGGCGGGUCGCGCCUCUCAUCCCGGAGUGGUUUUUUGUAUCCAGUUAUUUUAUGGCCUAUUUCAACAGUUGCCUUAAUGCAAUAGUCUACGGAGUGCUGAAUCAAAACUUCAGACGAGAGUACAAAAAAAUUAUAAUCUCACUCUGUACUGCGAGGAUGUCAUUCCAAGAGAGUUCAAAUGAUGUUGCGGAUCGGAUCAAAAGCAAGCCAUCUCCUUUAAUGACAAACAACAACCAAGUCAAAGUGGAUUCGGUAUGA